UUUGUUUUUGUUAAGGUGAUCAGCGCGCGCCCAGUCUCAGUGUGGAUCGAUCGGCCGCCACGCAUGUGCUCUGGCUGACUGAGUGAUCGAUACCGGAGGAUCGCCGGAUGCAUGCCCGGAGAAGAAGAAUAAAGGAUCGGUCGUGAGGAAGAGGAAGCGGAAAGGAAGGGAUAUUAAUUGCUGCCGAUCGUGGAUUUUUAUGCGCUUCUACUGCUAGCUGCGGUCGCGGGUGAGGAGCUAGCUAGGUAAUCAAGUCGAUCGAUCAUGGAGGCGCGGCCGCCGGUGUUGGUCAUUGUCGUCGUCGCGCUCUGCGUUGUAUCCCUCUGCGGCGGUGUUGCCGCGGCCGAGAACCUGACCUUGGCGCGGCUGUUCCCCUCGUCAUCGUACCACGGCGCAGCGGCGGUCACCUACAACGUCAAGAACUACGGCGCUAAAGGCAACGGCGCCACCGACGACACCAAGGCGCUAAUGGCCGCGUGGAAGGUGGCGUGCGCGGCGGCCGGCGCGGUGACGCUGCAGGUCCCGGCGGGGGUAUACUACAUGGGCCCGACGCAGUUCCACGGCCCCUGCAAGGCCACCUCCCUCACCUUCUUGCUCCAGGGGACGCUCAAGGCAGCGACGGAUCUGAGCCGCUUCGGCAACGACUGGAUCGAGUUCGGGUGGGUGAAGGGCCUCAUCGUCGCCGGCCAGAACGGCGCCGCCAUCGACGGCCAGGGCGCCGCCUCCUGGCCCUUCAACAAGUGCCCCAUCCGAAAGGACUGCAAAGUCCUCCCCACCAGCGUGCUGUUCGUGAACAAUGAGAACACGGUGGUGAAGGACAUCUCGUCGGUGAACAGCAAGUUCUUUCACUUCGCGCUGCUGCAGAACAAGAACACCCAGAUGAUCAACCUGCGGAUCAACGCGCCGGGGACCAGCCCCAACACGGACGGCAUCCACAUCGAGCGGUGCGCGGGGGUGACCAUCGCCGACACCAAGAUCAGCACCGGCGACGACUGCAUCUCCAUCGGCCAGGGCAACGACAACAUCGACAUCCAGCGCGUGACCUGCGGCCCGGGUCACGGCAUGAGCGUGGGCAGCCUGGGGCGGUACGUCGGGGAGGGGGACGUGACCCGCGUGCACGUCAAGGACAUGACCUUCGAUGGCACCAUGAACGGGGUGCGCAUCAAGACCUGGGAGAACUCGCCCACCAAGAGCCUGGCGGCGCACAUGGUGUUCGAGAGCUUGGUGAUGAAGGACGUGCAGAACCCGGUGAUCAUCGACCAGAAGUACUGCCCCUACUACAACUGCGAGCACAAGUACGUGUCCGGGGUCACCAUCAAGAACGUCACCUUCAAGAACAUCAAGGGCACCUCGUCGCUGCCCGUCGCCGUGCUGCUCCGCUGCGGCGUGCCGUGCCAGGGCCUCGUGCUCCAGGACCUCGACCUCAAGUUCAAGGGCGCCGGCACCACAUCGUCCAAGUGCGAGAACGCCAAGGCAAAGUACGUCGGCUACAUGUACCCCAAGCCGUGCGUAUAGACAUACUACGACGGCCAUUUUGAUGCUCGAUCUUCUUUUUCCUCCUCCUCCUCCUCCUCCUCCUCCUCCUCCUCCUUCUUCUAGUUUUGAUUGGUUGAUGUUUCCUAGGCGAUUUUGUCGUUGUUUCUUGUUGUUGCUUAGAAGAUUUCGUUUUCUUUUUGUUUUAGUGUGUGUGUGUGUGUGGCAUAAGGGGAGCUGCCGGUUGCUGGCCUCUGAGCAAGUAGUAGUAGCAAGCUUUGUACAUUCUGAGGUGAAUAAUACUGCUCGGCUCUGACUAGAGUUAUACCAGUGCCUAGCCUAGCUAGUUCA